AUGAAAUCUGCAGACAUCAAUUGUCCCUCAAUUGCCCCCGCCUGCUGCGGGUCUGAGGAUUCGAUCUCCGCUGUUCCGUCGAGUGCAGUGUCUUCGCCUGUUUGCGCUUUGCACAACCAGAAAACAUCUCAACCUGAAUCUGGACCUCUAUUUAAACCCUUGCCUCCAACGCCAUGUCAAAGAGACUCCGAAAUCGAUAUCACUGCGUUACCACAGAUCACUGAUGAAGAUGAAGAAUACUUUCGACAUCCCCUCUUUCCCCCGCUACCGGAGUACCCACCUCCCUCCGCGCUCACUAGCAUCCAAUGGUAUGCUUUCCGUGCUAUAUCUUUCUCCUUGUCAUUGACGUUUCUUGGGGGCAUCGUUCUUGCGGCGUUCGUGAGCAGAGGCUUCGCCGCUAUGAAGGGCCAUUAUAUCCUCCUUUGCGGCCGUGAUCCAGACAAGACCAGGCCAUUCUGGAAGGAGGAACGUAAAAGGCAAGUUGCACGGGAGAUUGCUGCGCAUGAAUGGAUGUAUGAAAAACGGACUCAAAUGGCUGUUGGCACAGAGGCAGGCUCCAAAGUCGAGGAUGAGGAGCGCAAUGUUGGAAUUACUGAAGCCCGCUACGAGCCAAAGGAGGGCGGUCCGGAUCCCAUUGUUUGCGAUAUUGCUUAUUAUGCUCGACGAGUUGGGCUGGAUUCGGAAACUUAUAGGGUUCAGACGGAAGAUGGUGCUAUUAUUACUCUAUGGCAUCUGUAUAACCCGAAAGAAUACUCUCCACUGUCCCCGACUGAUAGGGAUUGCAUUGGUCCACCCAGUUCCCUACAGGUACCAAAAGUAGAUCUACAAGGCCCCACCCCGAACGGGGAUAGAAAGUACCCUAUUCUCAUGAUCCCGGGCCUGCUCCAGAGUGCCGGAGCAUUCUGCACAAAUGACGACGACAGUCUCGCUUUCUUCCUCACCAAAUCAGGCUACGACGUCUGGCUCGGCGGCAAUCGUUAUGGUUUCCAUCCAGAGCAUCUCUCCUUAUCUCCGUCAGACCCCCGCUUCUGGUCCUGGACCGUCAGAGACAUGGCCGCCCUCGACCUCCCAGCUCUAGUCACCCGCGUUCUCUACGAAACCGGCUUCGAAAAACUGGCCCUCCUCGGACAUUCACAGGGUACAACAGAGUCAUUCCUCGCACUGUCCAAACAUAUCCAACCCUCCCUCGGCUCUCGCAUCAGUAUCUUUUGCGCUCUCUCACCUGCCGCCUACGCUGGCCCUCUCGUCAACACGCCCUAUCUAAAAUUCAUGCGCAUGAUCCCUGCAUCCUGCUUCCGUAUCAUCUUCGGCAUCCACGCCUUUAUCCCCUUUAUGUUAUCCAUGCAUACCCUCCUUCCCGCUUCCUUCUACGGCAGAAUGGGCUACACAGUUUUCUCGUACCUGUUCAAUUGGUCUGAUUCCCGCUGGGAUCGUGGGUUACGCUCACGCUUCUUCCAAUUUAGUCCCGUCUAUGUGAGUGCUGAGUGCAUGCGCUGGUGGCUGGGUAAGGGCGGCUUUGCAACGCAUGGUUGCAUCUUGAGCACCAGAGAACAGAUUGCGCGAGAGGAUGCGGAGGAUGCACGCGAAGACGCGCAGGCUCCGGAGAAGGAACUGAAAGCUGAGGAUGUUAUGCCCAAUGUCUCACCGUCCACGGGUGUUGAUGCUGAUGAUGCCGCCGCUUGGUACGAUGAACGUUUCCCGCCAAUAGCACUGUGGAUUGCUGGCUUAGACGACAUGGUUGAUGGCCGGCGGUUAUUACGGCGGCUGAAGAGCCGGCGCGAGCCCCAUGUUCGUGUUGUACAUGCAAAAGUUAUUGAAGAGUACGAGCAUUUGGAUGUGAUCUGGGCGAUAGAUUCUGUGGAGAAGGUUGCUGUGGAGGUGAGAAGGGUUAUUUGGGAAUGUGUGGAGGACGAUGUUCGACGUAUUUGUCGAGUCCCUGUGAUGUAG